GUCAGGUAUAAGGCAUGCCUGUCCUCAUGUAUUCCGAGAGGUGACUAUUCGUUUAGCAAUCUACGACGCAUCCUAGCUAUCCAGGCACUUUUCCUGAGCCGGCUUGGCUUUUCUUGCCUUGGCAAUAUGCUGCUCCCCUCUUUUCUUCUCCUGAUAUAUGCAUUGUGUGCGUCUGCCUCCUGGGUGUUCAAUCAUGACCUGAGCCGGACAGAGCGCACUCUCGUCCAUGAUACAUCUGGCCUGCAGCUGGGCCGCCGGCAAGACCCUGGAGUAGCAGAAUGUAGCCCAGGGGCUAGAGAUUGCAGGUCGUCCCAAACAAGGACAACUACCAACCCCACGAGCCCGGAGAGUACCAGUAUUUCGUCAACUUCUAGUACAUCGACUACCCCAUCAUUACCAACUGGAACGCCAUGCGCUGGGAACACUCCAGAUACCAGGUCAAACUGGUGCGACUACAACAUAGACACCAAUUACCACGAUAUCACCCCCAACACCGGUGUCACGCGAGAAUACUGGCUCGAGAUUGACGAGAUCACAGCGAGCAUAGAUGGAUACUCCCGUCCUGCAAUGGCCAUAAACGGGACCAUUCCCGGCCCAACCCUCUACGCAGACUGGGGUGAUGAAGUGGUCAUCCAUGUCCGCAAUCUCCUUCAUGAGACGCUCAACGGAACAAGCAUCCACUGGCACGGUAUCCGUCAGCAGAACACGAACCAGAAUGACGGAGUGGUUUCAAUUACCCAGUGUCCUAUUACGCCAAACCACGAGUAUACGUACCGCUGGCGCGCACAGCAGUACGGUACAACCUGGUACCACUCCCACAUGGCUCUGCAAGCCUGGGACGGUCUCUCCGGGGCCAUUGUCAUUAAUGGACCUGCGACAGCGAACUAUGACGUUGACGCAGGAACUAUCAUGCUGAAUGACUGGACCCAUCAAACAGCCGCUGAGCUGUUCCAGUACGCUCAGGUUGUCGGCCCUCCGACCUUGAAUAACUCGUUGAUCAACGGGACCAAUACCUACGGCUCUGGAGACGACGAGACCGGUGAACGCUUCAAGCUAAAGGUCGAAGAGGGCACUUCGUAUCGUCUUCGACUCAUCAAUGGGGCCCUGGACACGCACUACAAGUUCAUGAUCGAUAACCAUAUUCUGACGGUAAUUUCCAUGGACCUAGUCCCGGUUGAGCCUUUCAACACCACAUUUAUCGAUAUUGCCAUGGGUCAGCGCUACGAUGUAAUCGUCACAGCAAACCAAGCCGCCGUCGCAGACUCCUUCUGGCUCCGAACAAUCCCACAAGCAAGCUGCUCAGCCAUCGAAGACCCCGCCAACAUCCGCGGUAUCUUCUACUACGGCGACAACCCAAGCACCCCAGAGACAAUCCCCUGGCCCAUAGUCGACGGAUGCAACGAUGAGCCAAUGGAGAAUCUCGUCCCGCACGUCCCGCGCACCGUCCAAUCCCCAGACUGGCAGGAGAGUACCGAGGCAGCAUCCGGCCGCAACACGGACGGUCUUUUCCGGUGGUACCUCAACAGCACCACCAUGGAAAUUUUCUGGGAAGACCCCACGCUGAAGCAGAUCGCAGAGAGCAGAAAUGAAAUGGCGAUGUGGGAUAAUUCAAGUGCGGUGAUUGACCUGCCCAAUGCGAACCAGUGGGUUUAUCUAGUCGUGAGCACGGCCCAGCCGGUGUUCCACCCGAUCCAUCUACACGGCCAUGACUUUUUUAUUCUUGCCCAGGGCUCGAAUCCGUGGGAUGGCUCUGUGAAAACGGAUAAUCCGCCGAGACGCGAUACGGCGGUUCUUCCUGGGAAUGGGUAUCUGGUUAUGGCGUGGGAGACGGAUAACCCGGGGGCGUGGCUGAUGCAUUGCCAUAUUGGGUGGCAUACGACGGAGGGGUUUGCGUUGCAGUUUGUGGAGAGAUAUGAUGAGAUUAAGGGGAUCAUUGAUCAGGAUCAGCUGGAGGAGACGUGUAAGCUUUGGAAUGGAUAUGACGAGGAGUACGAUAUUGAGCAGCAUGAUUCGGGAAUUUAAUCGGUAUAUAUUGCGUUUUCAGCUGCAUACAACUGUGUUUUAUUGAUUCAAGUACUACAAGGUUUUCAAGUUAUCGUCCCUUGCAGAACGGCUGUCAACCUCUCAGCCGGGGGUAUCACAUCGGAAAGCGAGGCUGUCCGAAUCAUUGAUGAUCUACAAGAAGGCGCCGCCAACAUACGGGAUCUGUGCUCUCGCAUAAGCAUAUGUAGCGCCCAUUAUUAAAGCCGAAAGUAAAAUCUCCGCUAUUGAAUAUUGACGAGAAAGUGAACCCAUCAGCUGUUGAAGGUGGAGUGGGGAACGAAUAUACUACUGUAUGCGAUUAGGGCUAAAAGGUCGUUGUAUACUGGAGGG